AUGUCUUGUUCUAUAAACUUGCCUCAACGGCCUGCGUUCGCUCGUUGUACUCCAUCAAAGCUCCUUGUGUCCACCUAUCAGUUAGAAGGUUCUGAUUCACGGGUUGGCUCUCUCUACAUUCUCUCGCAUAGCCUCGAUAUUUGUCGCUGUAUUACAGCCCCAGCUGGGGUGUUCCGAUUCGAUUUCGUGGAACCACACGUUGUUAUAGCAGCUAUCACUGAUGGCUCCCUAUUUACUGCGUCUAUUACAGAUUCACAGUCAAAUUCCUCUAUAUCUGUGGCGGAAGACAUUUUGCUUGAUGUUUCAUCGCGUUCCUCAACAAGUCAUGUGUCCUGCACCGACAAAAUGGGCUUCGCUUACGUUGUAGAUCUGGCUGUGGGAAUAGUUACUUCUAGAUGGAAGGCUCACUCGUUGCCUUACACUGAUACUGGAUGCGAGGUGUGGACGUGCGCCCAACAUGAUAAUAUGCUAUGCACGGGUGGAGAGGAUGAAACCUUAAAGGUAUGGGAUGCUCGAAGUCAGUGCGUUGUCCAGCGUUUCAGUCAAUUUGAAGCCGGAGUCACAUUUAGCGAGUGGCAGGAGGACAGGUUGAUUCUAUCCGGUAGCUACGACCAAAACAUCCGUCUGUUUGAUAUGCGUAAUAAUCGGGACGCAGUCAAAAACCGUGCAGACGGAUGGAGGAGUUUGGCAUAUUGA